AACUUUAAGUAAAGAAAUUGAAAAAAUUGAGGAAGAACUAAAAGAGGCUCGCUCACAGCAAGCAAAAAUAAGCCAAAAGUCAGAAGAAACAACAAUAGAGGAUAAAGCUUUGGAAAAAAAACCUAAUCCGGAAGACAAGUUAAGAAUGAUUAUUGAAAAAUGCAAAAAACAGUAUUUUGACAAUGCCUACUCCGAUAAAUCUUAUAUUGUUUUUAUUGAGGAAGCAGACCAAGGAAAAAAUGUGAUGACUGCCGAAAAAGGGAAGUUAUUAGAAGAAUUUAAAAAUUUUCUAUCUACUAGCGAAGAUAAAGCUGGUCUAAAAGCCAAAGCCCAGGACCCUAAUUCUAUUAUCAUAAUUGCUACCAAUAAUUUUGACCAGAUUGAUCCAGCCGUAGUCAGAAGGGGAGAUUGGGAGAAAAACUUAAUUUCAACUGAACCCCAGCCUU